GGCCGGCCGGGUGCCUCCGCAGCUUGGCUGGCAGGGCCCGGCGGGGCGUGUGCGGCUGCUGGUGCGCGCCCCACGCCCCACGCCUCCCCAUGCAGCCCUGGCAGUGUCUUCGGCGAUUUGCCCUGGCCUGGUGGGAGAGGACCGCGGAGGGUCGCGCCCGCUCUCCCAGGGAGGAAGCUGGACCGAGGGACCCUGGGGGCAGAGGGGAACCAGAUCCGGAGCGGAGCAGCCCUCCCAUGCUGUCUGCCGACGAUGCCGAGUACCCGAGGGAGUACCGGACCCUGGGGGGCGGGGGCAGCGGGGGCAGCGGGGGCCGGCGCUUCUCCAACGUGGGGCUGGUGCACACAUCUGAGAGGCGGCACACUGUGAUCGCUGCCCAGAGCCUGGAGGCGCUCAGCGGGCUCCAGAAGGCAGAUGCGGACCGCAAGCGUGAUGCGUUCAUGGACCACCUGAAGAGCAAGUACCCCCAGCACGCCCUGGCCCUGCGAGGCCAACAGGACCGGAUGCGGGAGCAGGUCGGCGGCUGGACCGUGGACCCUGUGUGCCUCCUCAGCUCCCUCUGCUCCCACCUCCACAGCGACUCUGCCCCCUCCGGGGCUGGCCAGCCCACCCAGCAACCAAACUACUGGAGUUUCAAGACCCGCAGCUCGCGCCACACUCAGGGAGCCCAGCCAGGGCUGGCAGACCAGGCAGCCAAGCUGUCCUACGCCUCGGCUGAGUCGCUGGAGACCAUGUCCGAGGCCGAGCUGCCCCUGGGCUUCAGCAGGAUGAACCGCUUCAGACAGAGCUUGCCUCUCUCCCGCUCUGCCAGCCAGACCAAGCUACGCUCACCAGGGGUGCUGUUCCUGCAGUUCGGGGAGGAGACGCGGCGCGUGCACAUCACGCAUGAGGUCAGCAGCCUGGAUACGCUGCAUGCACUCAUCGCGCACAUGUUCCCGCAGAAGCUCACCAUGGGCAUGCUUAAGUCGCCCAACACCGCCAUACUCAUCAAAGAUGAAGCUCGCAACGUCUUCUACGAGCUGGAGGACGUCCGAGACAUCCAAGACCGCAGUAUUAUCAAGAUCUAUAGAAAGGAGCCACUGUAUGCUGCUUUCCCUGGCUCACACCUUACCAACGGUGAUCUCCGGAGAGAGAUGGUGUACGCGUCUCGGGAGUCGUCGCCCACGCGGCGCCUCAACAACUUGUCGCCCGCAUCGCAUUUGGCAUCUAGCUCGCCGCCGCCGGGGCUGCCGUCGGGGUUGCCGUCGGGGCUGCCAUCGGGCUCGCCCUCUCGCUCUCGCCUCUCCUACGCCGGGGGACGCCCGCCCUCGUACGCCGGCAGCCCUGUGCACCACGCGGCGGAGCGGCUGGGAGGCGCCCCGGCGGCCCAGGGCGUCAGCCCGAGUCCCAGCGCCAUCCUGGAGCGGCGUGACGUGAAGCCAGACGAGGACCUGGCGGGCAAGGCGGGUGGCAUGGUGCUGGUGAAAGGCGAGGGCCUCUACGCCGAUCCCUAUGGGCUGCUGCACGAGGGCCGGCUGAGUCUGGCGGCGGCGGCCGGAGACCCGUUCGCCUACCCGGGCGCGGGCGGCUUGUACAAGCGCGGCUCGGUGCGCUCGCUGAGCACCUACUCGGCCGCGGCGCUGCAGUCGGACCUGGAGGACUCGCUGUACAAGGCUGCGGGCGCUGGAGGCCCGCUCUACGGGGACGGCUACGGCUUCCGCCUGCCGCCCUCGUCGCCGCAGAAGCUGGCAGACGUGUCGGCUUCCUCCGGGGGACCCCCGCCGCCGCACAGUCCCUACUCCGGGCCGCCCAGCCGCGGCUCGCCGGUGCGCCAGUCCUUCCGCAAAGACUCGGGCUCUUCGUCGGUCUUCGUCGAGAGUCCUGGAGGCAAGACCCGCAGCACUGGGAGCGCCUCGACGGCCGGAGCGCCGCCUUCCGAUCUCUUCCCCGGGCCUGGGGAGCGCUCCCUCGUGGGGUUCGGGCCACCGGUGCCAGCCAAGGACACAGAGACCAGGGAGCGCAUGGAGGCCAUGGAGAAGCAGAUUGCCAGCCUCACAGGGCUGGUGCAGAGUGCCCUACUGAGAGGCUCAGAGCCGGAGACUCCAAGUGAGAAGAUUGAAGGCUCCAAUGGAGCAGCCACUCCCUCAGCACCAGCAGCGUGUGGGUCAGGCAGCCGGAGCAGCGGGGCCACUCCGGUGUCUGGCCCUCCUCCACCCUCGGCAGGCAGCACCCCUGCAGGGCAGCCCACUGCAGUCAGCCGUCUGCAAAUGCAGUUGCACCUGCGGGGACUGCAGAACAGCGCCAGCGACCUGCGCAGCCAGCUCCAGCAGCUGCGCAAGCUCCAGCUCCAGAACCAGGAGUCGGUGCGCACGCUGCUGAAGCGCACCGAGGCAGAGCUGAGCAUGCGCGUGUCGGAGGCAGCUCGGCGGCAGGAGGACCCGCUGCAGAGGCAGCGCACCCUGGUGGAGGAGGAGCGGCUGCGCUACCUCAACGACGAGGAACUCAUCACUCAGCAGCUCAAUGAUCUAGAGAAGUCGGUGGAGAAGAUCCAGAGGGAUGUGGCCCAUAACCACCGGCUAGUGCCUGGCCCUGAGCUGGAAGAAAAGGCACUGGUGCUGAAGCAGCUUGGGGAGACACUGACAGAGCUCAAGGCUCAUUUCCCAGGCCUGCAGAGCAAGAUGCGGGUAGUGCUACGUGUGGAGGUGGAGGCUGUGAAGUUCCUGAAGGAGGAACCCCAGCGCCUGGAUGGGCUCCUCAAGCGCUGCCGGGGGGUCACCGACACACUGGCCCAGAUCCGCAGGCAAGUGGACGAGGGUGUGUGGCCACCCCCCAACAACCUCCUGAACCAGUCCCCCAAGAAAGUGACAGCUGAGACAGACUUCAGCAAGGGCUUGGACUUCGAAAUACCACCUCCUAGUCCUCCACUGAACCUCCAUGAGCUGAGUGGUCCCACUGAAGGAGCCCCUCUGACCCCCAAGGGCAGCAAUCCCACCAAAGGCCUGGAUGCGCCUGGCAAGAGAAGCAUGGACAAGGCUGUGUCUGUUGAGGCUGCAGAGAGAGACUGGGAAGAGAAACGGGCAGCCCUGACCCAGUACAGUGCCAAGGACAUUAACCGGCUGCUGGAGGAGACACAGGCUGAGCUACUCAAGGCCAUCCCCGACCUGGACUGUGCCAGCAAGGCCCACCCGGGCCCCGCCCCCACCCCAGACCACAAGCCCUCCAAGGCACCCCAUGGCCAGAAGGCAGCCCCACGGACAGAGCCCAGUGGGAGGAGAGGUUCAGAUGAACUCACAGUACCCCGUUACCGCACGGAGAAACCGUCCAAAUCCCCCCCGCCACCUCCUCCCCGGCGGAGCUUCCCUUCCUCCCAUGGCCUGACCACCACUCGCACUGGAGAGGUAGUGGUCACCAGCAAGAAAGACUCGGCCUUCAUCAAGAAGGCUGAGUCUGAGGAGCUGGAGGUGCAGAAGCCCCAGGUGAAGCUGCGCCGGGCUGUGUCCGAGGUGACCCGCCCUGCCUCCACACCACCCAUCAUGGCGUCGGCUAUCAAGGAUGAAGACGAUGAGGACCGCAUCAUAGCUGAGCUGGAGGUGUUUGAGAGAAGCUCAGUAUCUUCCCUCCCCCCCACGCCCCGCCGCCAGCCGAUCCCCACCUUGCUGUCCCCCCAGGACCUGGGGUCGCCUGGGGGCUCGGCCUCAGGCUCCCCACGGAAGAGUGGUGGUGGCAGUGUGCCACCCAUGAAGGUGGUGACUCCAGGGGCCUCUCGGCUGAAGACAGCUCAGGCCCCAGCAGGCAGCCCUGACAAAGGCAAACACAGCAAGCAACGGGCGGAGUACAUGAGGAUCCAGGCCCAGCAGCAGGCCACUAAACCAUCUAAAGAGAUGAGCGGGUCGAAUGAGACCUCGAGCCCAGUCUCAGAAAAGCCCUCGGGUUCCAGAACCUCCAUCCCUGUAUUGACUUCCUUUGGGGCAAGGAAUUCUUCCAUCUCCUUCUAGAAGCCCCCCAUACCACCCCAGCCUGCCCCUCUCCAACUCCUGCCAUCUCUCUCUGCUUCCUCUUCAUGUCCACCCCACCCUCCCCACUCUCCCACAUGAGGGUUUCGAGGGCACAACCCUCAGCUCUCUCUAUUCAUCCCCUGUUGGUGUUUUUGGUUUUUUAAAUGAUUCACUCUUAAUUAUCUUUUUUUUUUUUUAAAGAGCAAAAGAGAACAACUAAAAACCAAACACACCAUCUUCCCUUGACUUCCUGUCCCCUAGUGGCCUCUCCUGGGUCCACUUCCUGUCAUCCUCUCCCCUUCUGCUCUUUCACCCUCUUCCUCCUAAGUCCAUCCAAAGUUCCCACCUCCCCUUAACUUCCCAAGAACACUCAGAACAAACUUUGAGCCACGGAGACUUGGAGCGCAAGAGAUCCCUCCCCUUACCGGGUCCCUUCCUGGAGGAACAUAUGGACACUGGACCAACCCAGCAGCAGGCUGGACAAUGGACAAGGGAGACCUUGGCCUUGGAGAUGGCCUUGGAAGAAUUACAACACUGCUGCAGUUUGACUGUUUUCUUCUCCGGCCCCAGUGGGCCUGGAAGCAGGAUUGCUGGAGGGGACCCCCAGAGAGGAGGCCAAGGCCAAAGAGCUCUAAGCUGGGUGUGAGGCAUAGGGAGGGAGGGCCCUAGGUGCCAGGGGAGGAGCCAGCUCCCUGUAGCUGGUGCUAGCAGAAGAAGGAGGCCUGCAGGACACCUGCUGCAGAGGGUGCUCCAGUGGACAGCCUGCCCUGAGAGGGCAGCCCUGAAAGGGGCAUUUGGUACUUUUAGUUUCCUAAUUUAGCACUUUAAAUGCCAUUAACUUAUUUUAUGGGGGUGGGGUGGGAAAGAUGGAAAGGCCUAGAAAAUGGCCUUUGGAGGGUGGGAAGGGUCUGGUUGUGAGGGAAAUAGGAAAACAGAGGGGGUGGGUGGGGGCAGUGAGGACAGUCCUGAUGCCUAGCUGGGAGCAACUUGACCUUCAACCGGCCUCUAUGAUUUGAGGGUUUUCAGGGAAGAGGUGAGAUGUGGUUUCUCUGUGGGGAUCUGGUGACCACUGAUGAGGUGUUUGAGGGUCCCCAAGGCAGAGCAGCCAGUCAGUACCCCAGCCUGUGGACACCUGCAGUGGCCCUGCACAGGGCAGACUGGCUUUUAUCUGGGCCCUGGAGUCAAAGGGAGAGGCUGCUGUGGUCCAGGCCUGACAACACCCCCCCUACCCCCCCACCC